GUGCAGUUGUUGUGUGCAAAGCAAAUCAUUGCUGAAGAGAAAAAACGUUUGUACGUGCAUAUGGAAUACCUUUAUUCGCGCUUUUGAUUCCACCAGCUCGUUUUUUCCGUCUAGCGUGACGCGUAAGUGAUGGUGCACAUUUUGGUUUCGUGACCUGUCAGCUGGAUCAGAUUGUGUUGGGUGGAUGUGGCACGAAUUGGAAGGUUACACAUUUUCCAUUGUUUGAAAUGCACUCAACGGGAAUGACAUUUCUAUGACAAGUUUCUCUUUUGUGCAAUUUUCUGAGCAAUGGAGUGAGGCGAGGGCGCACGGGGAGCUGGUUAAAAGGGACUUGUAUAUUUGUAUUUCACUUCACAUAGACUGAUGGAGACUCUAAGUGGUAACAGAUGUCUGUACUGUAAUGUGCACUCUUCAUCUUCUAUUUAAUGCCAGUUUGGAUUUUACCUGUUGGAUAUCUGCAUGUCUAGGAUGGCUCGCUUUGGAGACGAUCUGCCCACCCGCUAUGGAGGGACAGCGGGCGCUGGGAGAGGGGGAGCCCGGGCAGGAGGUCCCUCGGGCGGUCAAAGAAUGUACAAACAGUCGAUGGCUCAGAGAGCCAGGACAAUGGCUUUAUAUAAUCCUAAACAAACCAAACAGAACUGCUUCACUGUCAACCGCUCUUUGUUCAUCUUCAGUGAGGACAAUGCCAUCAGGAAAUACGCCAAAAGAAUAACCGAAUGGCCUCCAUUUGAGUACCUGAUCCUCACUACCAUCAUCGCCAACUGCAUCGUACUGGCCCUCGAACAGCAUCUCCCUGCCAUGGACAAGACCCCCAUGUCUGAACGCCUGGACGACACAGAGCCCUACUUUAUCGGAAUAUUCUGUUUUGAGGCCGGCAUUAAGAUCAUCGCCUUGGGCUUUGUGUUUCACAAAGACUCUUACCUACGCAACGGCUGGAACGUAAUGGACUUUGUGGUUGUUCUGACAGGGAUUUUAACCACAUUGGGUUCCCAGUUUGACUUAAGGACGUUGCGGGCCGUCAGAGUGCUGAGACCCCUCAAACUGGUGUCUGGAAUCCCAAGUCUUCAAGUAGUAUUAAAGUCCAUUAUGAAGGCCAUGGUUCCCCUUCUUCAGAUUGGACUGCUGCUCUUCUUUGCCAUUGUUAUGUUUGCCAUCAUCGGCGUCGAGUUCUACAUGGGCAAAUUCCACUUCACCUGCUUUAAAGUGGAUACAGGUGAAAAAGUUGGUGAUUACCCAUGUGGAACAGAACGUCCCGCAAGAGUGUGUCCCAAUGGAACAGUAUGCAAGGAGUACUGGACAGGACCCAACUUCGGCAUCACAAAUUUCGAUAACAUACUCUUUGCCAUCCUCACAGUCUUCCAGUGCAUCACCAUGGAAGGAUGGACUGAUGUACUAUACCAUGCCAAUGAUGCCUCGGGAAACACCUGGAACUGGCUGUACUUCAUCCCUCUCAUCAUCAUCGGCUCCUUCUUCAUGCUUAACCUCGUCCUGGGUGUCUUAUCAGGGGAGUUUGCCAAAGAAAGAGAGCGAGUGGAGAAGAGGCAGGAGUUCUUGAAGCUCCGCAGACAGCAGCAGAUUGAGAGAGAGCUCACCGGAUACCUGGAGUGGAUAUGCAAAGCAGAGGAGGUGUUGCUGGCAGAGGAAGAUCAGAAUGCUGAGGAGAAAUCCUCCCUGGAUGGUGCGUGGUACAGGUGGAAACCGAACAACCCAGUCCUGAAAAGAGCGAAGAGCAGAAAGGGUAGAAAUGACCUCAUCAGUGCUGAAGAGGGAGAGGAACAUUUCACAGACAUCUCCUCUGUUGCUCCACCUGGAUCACCUUUCGCCCGAGCUAGCCUGAAAAGCAGUAAGAACGAUAGCUCUUCAUAUUUCCGUCGAAAAGAAAAGAGGAUACGCUUUUUCAUUCGGCGGAUGGUGAAGGCACAAAGUUUCUACUGGAUCGUUCUGUGUUUGGUGGGAUUGAACACAAUGUGUGUGGCCAUUGUCCAUUACGACCAGCCUGAGUGGCUCACCAAGGCCCUGUACCUGGCAGAGUUUGUAUUCCUGGGUCUGUUUCUGACAGAGAUGACUCUGAAGAUGUAUGGCCUGGGGCCCAGAAACUACUUUCACUCCUCGUUCAACUGUUUUGACUUUGGGGUAAUUGUGGGAAGUAUAUUUGAAGUGGUGUGGGCAGCGAUCCAGCCUGGUGCAUCUUUUGGGAUCAGUGUUUUGAGAGCCCUGCGCCUGCUCCGUAUUUUUAAAGUAACCAAGUAUUGGAACUCUUUGCGGAAUCUUGUGGUUUCACUGUUGAACUCCAUGAAGUCCAUCAUUAGCUUGCUCUUCCUCCUCUUCCUCUUCAUCGUAGUGUUUGCCCUGCUAGGCAUGCAACUCUUCGGGGGCCAGUUUAAUUUUGAAGAUGAAACUCCCACUACAAACUUUGACAGCUUCCCUGCAGCCAUAAUGACAGUCUUCCAGAUUUUGACAGGAGAAGACUGGAAUGCAGUGAUGUAUCAUGGGAUAGAGUCCCAGGGUGGUGUCCGGGGUGGAAUGUUCUCUUCGGUCUAUUUCAUUGUUCUUACACUGUUUGGAAACUACACACUUCUCAAUGUAUUCUUGGCCAUCGCUGUGGAUAACCUUGCCAAUGCACAGGAGCUGACAAAGGAUGAAGAGCAACAAGAGGAGGCAGCGAAGAAGAGCAUGGCUCUUCAGAAGGCCAUGGAGGUGAAGGAGGUCAGCCCAAUGUCUGCUGCCAACAUCUCAAUAGCAGCUUUUGUAAAGCAAAAUCGAGAUGCAAUCUCUCGCAGGUCUUCAGUCUGCAGCGUGAAUAUUCUCCCGUCCCUCAGUAAAGAGCAGCAGAGGUCACUGCAGAAGUUGUCCAUAUGGGAGCAACGCACCACCCAGCUGCGUAGACACAACCUGCGCAACAGCAGCGAGGCCCUUUACAAUGAACUAGAGCCUGAAGAGCGUCUACGCGUGUCUUCAGCGCUCCAUCUGCGGCCCGACAUGAAGACCCACCAUGAUCGUCCACUUGUAGUUGAACACAGAGACGGCACAGGGGACAAUUCCAGGACUGACACAGAUGGAGACACUCCAGACUGUCAGCUGUCCUCUAGCAACCCAAGGAAGCACCAUCGAUGUCGAGGAGAGAACGGAGAUGCUGGAGAGGGGAGGCACCAUAGAAACCACAGCCGAAACGGAGAGCAUCAGGACACCCUGGAGCACAGCAGCAAUCAGGAUGGAGGACACAGGAACCACCACACGGCUGGUUCUCUUGAGGAGGGCAUAGGGUUGGAGGAGAGAGAACACAGACACCACCAUUCUCGCCGAUCCAGGGAGGUCAACGGGAAUGGCAACGGCACGAUUGGUAAUGGAGGCAGAGGCGAGGGUAGGAUACGAGGUCACAGAGAGGGCGAAGGAGAGAAUGGAGAAAGGAGGAGACUCUGGCCACUUGUUAAAGCCCAGUCCACACUGAAUGGAGAAGAAUGCAGGGAGAACGGUGGGAAACACAGGGGCAGACCAACAGGAACAGACAGCCUAGCCACCAGCCCUCUCCAGUCUCCUACUGAAGAGAAGCCAGAAGACAAAGAUAAUCUAAAAAACAGCACCAGAGUGGGCCCAACCGGAGUCAACAUUCCUGUCACCAUAACUGCCCCACUAGGAGAGACUACAAUGAUCGAUCUUGGGCUGCUGUUGCAUCCUGGGUCUUACUUCAGGGAUCCGUGGAACAUACUGGACUUCAUUGUAGUCACCGGUGCUCUGGUGGCCUUCGCCUGCUCGAGCUUCAUGGGAUCGCAGCAAAGCGUGACCAGAGGAACUAAAGGCAAGGACAUCAACACUAUCAAGUCCCUGAGGGUCCUUCGAGUCCUGAGGCCUUUGAAGACCAUUAAACGUUUGCCUAAACUCAAGUCCGUGUUUGAUUGCGUGGUGAACUCUCUGAAGAAUGUGCUCAACAUCCUCAUCGUUUACGUCCUCUUCAUGUUCAUCUUUGCGGUUAUUGCUGUGCAGCUUUUCAAGGGGAAGUUUUUUCACUGCACCGAUGAGUCCAAAGCCCUGGAGAAGGACUGCAGGGGUCAGUUCCUGGAGUACGGCAGUGAUGGAGGGGCCAUGACACAGCCACGCGAGUGGAAAAAGUAUGAUUUCCAUUAUGACAACGUCCUGUGGGCCUUUCUGACCCUGUUCACUGUCUCUACAGGAGAGGGCUGGCCAACAGUCCUGAAACACUCUGUUGAUGCCACAUUUGAAGACCAGGGUCCCAGUCCGGGUUACCGCAUGGAAACCUCCAUCUUCUACGUGGUCUACUUCAUCGUCUUCCCCUUCUUCUUUGUCAACAUCUUUGUGGCUUUGAUCAUCAUCACAUUCCAGGAGCAGGGAGAUAAGGCCAUGUCAGAUUGCAGCUUGGAAAAGAACGAGGAUAAGAGGAUUAAUCUGAGUUUCCUGAGACUCUUCCGGGCCGCUCGUCUCAUUAAACUCCUCCGUCAGGGCUACACCAUUCGCAUCCUGCUCUGGACCUUCGUUCAGUCCUUUAAGGCUCUACCGUAUGUGUGUCUCCUCAUUGCAAUGCUCUUCUUCAUAUACGCCAUCAUCGGGAUGCAGUUUGGACUUUCUCCGUAUGUGUGUCUCCUCAUUGCAAUGCUCUUCUUCAUAUACGCCAUCAUCGGGAUGCAGGUGUUUGGUAACAUCAUGUUGUCUGAGGAGUCAGCUAUCAACAUUCACAAUAACUUCCAAACCUUUUUUCAGGCCCUCAUGUUGUUGUUCAGGAGUGCUACAGGGGAGGCUUGGCAUGAAAUUAUGCUGUCUUGUCUGAGCGACAGGCCAUGUGACCGUGACUCUGGCUAUACUGGAAAAGAGUGCGGCAGUGAUUUCGCUUACUUCUACUUUGUCUCUUUCAUCUUCCUUUGUUCCUUCCUGAUGCUGAAUCUGUUCGUCGCCGUCAUCAUGGAUAACUUUGAGUACCUGACACGUGACGCUUCUAUUCUCGGGCCUCAUCACCUCGACGAGUUCAUCCGUGUCUGGGCUGAGUACGACCCUGCUGCCUGUGGACGCAUAUCCUACCUCGAUAUGUAUGAGAUGCUUCGCCACAUGUCCCCUCCGCUAGGUUUGGGAAAGAAAUGUCCUCCACGAAUCGCCUAUAAGCGGUUGGUGAGGAUGAACAUGCCCAUAGCUGAAGACAGUACGGUUCACUUUACCUCCACUUUAAUGGCUCUCAUCCGGACCGCCCUGGAGAUUAAACUGGCAUCAGGAGUUCUGGCUCAGCGGCUAUGUGAUGCUGAAUUAAGGAAGGAAAUAAAUAAAAUUUGGAGUAACUUGUCUUCGAAAACAGUAGACCUGCUGGUGACACCUCAUAAACAUAAUGAACUGACUGUAGGGAAGGUCUAUGCUGCUCUGAUGAUUUUCGACUACUAUAAGCAGAACCGAGCCAAAAGACUCCAACAGCAGCAGGCUGCACCAGGCACACAGAGUAAAGUUGGUGUUCUCUUCAGACCAAUGCUUCCUCUCACACACUUGCACAAUCAGGAGCCACUAGUGCUGAAAGCCCCGCCCUCUUCUCAAUCAGAUACCGCACCACAGCCAGAUGCCCCGCCCACAUCCUUUCACCUGACCAAUGGGGAUGCAGUACAAAGCCAGAGCAGUGCCAUGAAAAAGUCUCCAUCGGGAGGUAUCCCUCAGGAAGUCACACAGGAAGUGAACAGAAGGCCUGUCCAAUGGGGCCAAUCGGAAGAUGUGCCAAACACAUACAGAUCUCAGGAAUUAGUUGAGAUGACUGACAUGGAGAAUGACUCUGAUGUGGGCGGGUAUCCUGUGCUGGAGGGUCACGGCAGAGCUGCCUCCAUGCCCAGACUCAAUGCUGGCUUUCAGCGGAGCCACUUACGCCACACCGCCGGAACGUAUCUAGCACCUAUCGCAGACGUGAGUCCCAUGCGGCGGUCUAUGUCCUCGUUGACACCACAGAGAGGGGUGCGAGAGGUUAAUCUGAGCGAUUAUGACCUGGAGAGGCCCAAGAUGGCCCCGGGCCAGACCCUCGCUCAGGAGAGAGAGAGGGAGCGAGCCCAUCAUCAUCAUCACCAUCAUCAUCACCGCUGCCAGCGGCGCAAAGACAAGAAGCACAAAUCGUUGGAUCGAGCCAUCAGCGAGGAGCAGCCACCGCCUGCAGCAGAUCCAAACACUGAGUCACCGCCUAGGGAACGAUCACGGGAGCGAGACCGUGGCCGCUCCCACGAGAGGAAGCACCAUUCAUCCUCAGCGGCGGAAAGGAAGCAGCGAUACUACUCUUGUGAUCGCUACGGCAGCCAUGAACAAGGCCACAGUGUGUCCACCGGGCCCAGCAGAUCCACAUCGCCAGGAGAACCCCAUGACCCAAACAGGCUUAAGCAGGGAAUUAACACAGCUAAAGGAAGUUCAGUCAUUCAUACCUCAGGCACCAGCAUACCCUGCCGCGGGCGUAGACAGCUCCCUCAGACGCCCCUUACGCCUCGGCCUGCUGUUGCCUACAAGACUGCCAACUCCUCUCCGGUCCAGCUCAACACUGCCCAGUCUACAGGGCCCUGCCCCACUCGCCUUAGUCGUGGCCUGUCAGAGCACGAUGCCCUACUCAGCGGUUGCACCCACCGCCAAUCUCCCGUGCCUGUCACUCGUAUCGGCUCUGACCCCAACUUGGGUCCCCUCCAGCAAGACUCAAACUUGUCUGAAGCGGACGACUUCCACGAUGCCUUGAGCACGUACGGCAUGGGCCGCUGCCCCAGGACUGCAGCCUCCAUCGCCCACACAUCAUCAGGUGCGGCCCCCACUUCCACACUGCUCUCGCGCAGCCAGAGCGGAGUCCCCAACGGGUAUCACUACUCCCUCGGAGUGAACGCGGCGCCUGGUUCAAGCGGCAGAGCAUCUGGAAGCUAUCAGGAAACUGAGAGAAAUGACUGGUGUUAGCAUGAUUCAAUCUAGCAUGAGUUUUAACGUCUUUGCCCCGGGGGAGGAGGAAGCCGUGUUUUGGAGGGAAACAAGAGUUACGUCCGCAGUUUACACUAUUUACAACUGUUUACCAUCAGCUUGAGCCUAUAUGGUUUUAUAAAGAUGUUCUUCUCCUGUUUAGAAAGUAUCAGACAUCCUUGUGACUUGUUUACGAAAGUUGUGGCAAGAUGGAAAGCGCUUGGAGGUCUUGAUAGUUUUCAAACUGAAUAGUUUAGCCUCAAGCGACACUCCCCACCACGUUUAAUUUCAUUAGGGCUGAUUCCACAAGGGUCACAUGCAAGGAGAUGAUCCAAUCUCCUGUGCCUGUGAUCAAGACCUCAGACCUCAGAGAGGAAGAAGCCCAAAAACACAGGCUAUGGUGAAAACAGUUGUGUGGAAAAAGUGAGACAUUUAGUUGUUGAGAUUUGAGAGGUUCUUUAGACUCUUUGCACAGGACACAAUGACUGAAAAGUUAUUUCUAGGGAUUUUGGCAGUGUGUCCACCAAAAAAAUUUUUUUGUUGUUGUUCCUAAAGCCAGUGUAUAUUUGUAAUUGUUUGCAAUUGGAGCACCACAUACUAGUGUGACGUGGUCGCAAGCGUCUGUUCCAUGCUGAGCAUUUCACUGCUGUUUUUUGUGGUUGUUGAGAGUUGAACAGUGUUCAUCUUUGGGUAAAAUGUCACACUCGUCACUGCCACUUUUUACCUAACCGUCCAUUUGCAUUGGAGGAGGGGUGGGACAAAUACCACACUGAUCAACCAUCACAUUCUACUUGUACAAUGAUUGAAUAACCAUCGUCUGACACCUUCAGAUUGCAACAUUAAUGUGAAAAAAAAUAAUGCUUGAAGGAACAUUUAGUUCGUCAUGGGUCUACCAGGGAAACAGCUAAACGCUGUCCUCCAAAGCGGCUGGCAUAUUUGUUGGCUAAAAACACUUUGGUGGACACACAACCUAAAGGUUUGCGCUGCUGAAAUUCUACUUCUUUCUCUAGCAUGAGUGGAAUAGUUGGUCUGCUCCCACCUACUGAAAAAAGGCCAAAUUGAACGCACUUUUCUACCAGACUGCAGUAGAUUGAAUAUCUUUUCACAGUGUUCCAUUUUGUACGUUGUAAAUGAUCUGAGUGUAGCUGGACAUUAUGUAAGGUCUAAUCAUUUUCUUACUCUCUAGAGGUAAGAUACCAAGUGCCUAAACUUUGAGAUUUUAUCGCCACAUUGGUGCGUGAUGCAUUAUGAAGCAUUUGGUGUAAGAGAGGCAAUGAAGACUGAAAGGUUGUAUUUGUUGGUUGCUGUUGAUGUCAGUGUUGUUUCCAGAGGGCAUAUUAUGAGCUCAGACCUUUCUCUUUCAGUAAUUGAUUAAAAGAGGAAGAAGUUGAGACAGAUUGAAGCACUUAGUCAACUUUCUCUUGUAUCUGUUAUUCACCACACAAAAUGAUUCAGAGCUACCAAUGUGAAAUAAAGAAUAUGUUGUUUUCUCUCAAUUAGUGAGAUACUGUAAUGUUUUGGAUGAUAGUUAACAAAUCAAGGUUAAUUUAUUCAGAAUAUGUAUUUUACUCUGUUUCUGCCCAUGUUUUUAGUUUGUCGAUAGUAUCUUUUCUAUCUGAAGGGUUUAUUACAUGUUGGUAUUUUUAGGGUGAGCGCAACAGUGGCUGUCUGCUUUUUCAGCAGCCUUGGUUAAGGAAGUAUUUUAUUUUCAUUGUCUUCAUGGGAAUUUCAAGCAAAAAUGUAAUUGAAGCAAAACAGUAUACGAAAAUUUGGGGGAACUAACUUUCUGAUUUACAGUGUAAAGCUACUGGGAGAAAAUAAAUAAAUAAAUGGAACAUCUUAUGCGAUUUUCAUGAUUGGAAAAUCUCUUUACAGGAUUAUGAGUGGUACAGUUGUUCUUUACAGGAAUUUUUGCUUAAGAAUCUCAACACUUAUAAUGAGUAAUUCCAAAGUUACAUAGGACUUCUCUAUGGAGAAAAUGAAUGGAAUUUUUACCUGUGGAACCUGACUGUUGUGCUCUUAAAUAUCUAAGUGCAGGGAAAUGUUGACUGCUGAAGUACAGUAGGGCUAUGCAACAAAAUGACAUUUUAGAACUGCUCCUCAUCCUGUAGCUUUACCUGCACUCAACCCAAUCUAGCUUUAGCACCAAUGGGACCAAUUCACCACUUCACAGAGAUCUUUAUAUAUAUAUACAGGAUGUGUAGCUCACCUAAAAAUGCCAGAUUUUAAUGCAGAUGCAUUGACGAUUGUGCUUGAUAUUGAUGUGCCCUCUGAAAGUACAACAAUUAAUAUAGUGGUAUUUGUACUGGUUGCACACUGGGGAAUUGAUGUUGUGUUACGCAACUUGUCGCUAAAAGGAUGGUUAAUGUAAAGACUUGAUUUCUUAAUUUUUUUACAGUAUGUGAUGUCCUAGUGAACUGCCUAUGGCCACCAUUUCCGUUUUGGGAUGGAGAUGAGUGUUGUGAACCCAAUAGAUCUUCGACUUCCCUUUAUUUAGACAUCACCUUUCCUCUUUAAAAAUAAGGAAAAACCGAAAAAAAGAAAUACAAAUAAAUAAAUAUAUAUAAAUGCCAGGUGCCAAAUUUAUUACAGCACUAGUUUGUCUCUGUGUGCUGUAUACUUUGUCCAACUGACCUGUGGCUAAUCUAUUUGGAUGAUGUCAUGUUUGCAUGUUAUGAUGGCAUAUGUGCAUGUAGGAAAUUGUACACCUUCAUCCAUGUUUUUCUAUGAGGAGUAAAUUAAUUGGCUGUUGAUGUUUUUUUUUUUAAAGAAACAAUCUUUGAUACACUUACUUAGCCCUGGGUUUCUGGGAGAAAAUUAGAAGACACUUCUCUUCUCAGUUUGUUGUAAAAGAGUUGUUGAAAUCAAUAGAGUGAUGCAUGCACAGAGAAAACUGCCUCACUCCUGUGAUCUGAUGAUCGUUCUAUAAUGCCAUAUAUUUCAGCCCAUCGACUCUUGACAGUCUUAUCAUUUCUACCAUUUGCAUUUUGUAUGAAAAAGCAUCACUGAACUGAGAGAUAUAU